CAUUGGAGCUGCUCCUACCUCCCAGCCAUAUAAGAUCCCUUUAUCCCAGCUCUCCCACUCUCCCCUUACCCUUUCUCCCAGUCUGCCCCUGGUCAGUUUAUCCUAAUUAUGCUGUUACAAAGAGAAGGAGAGAAACGAGGAUCACCGAAAGUACAAACUGAUGGAACGAGGAGCACGUCUGUCAAUAACCUCAGCCAGGUUCUUGAUGCGUGCCUUGGGGAGGGAGUGUGACUUUUACUAGUUCCAGUUUACUCUGUGCAGUGUUGUUUUGGUCAAGCUUUCUAUGGGCCAUGCUGCCACUGCUGCUGCUGUUUGAUUGACAGAACAUGCUGGUGCUUUUGCCAGACCCCAGUAGUUUUCCUGUGCCUUUUUACCACGUCUCACCCCGUUGGCCCAAUAAAACCUCUGCACAUCAGAGUGGAGUGCAGGUCUUGUCUGUUACUGUGCAUGCAGAUAUAUGAGCUGUUAUUGAGUUAAUACAAUCCACACAAACGACAAGCUCCGUCAAACUGCCUCCUAUGCAGAAGCACUGUGACAUCGUCUUUUCGUUAGGACUGAGUAUCACACUAUCUCAAAAUAGCAAAAGAAAACCCUUCAAGUUAAGAGGAAACUUCAAAUAAAGGUUAAUACUAUGAGCACCACAUCCCAGAGGCCCCAUAGAAUGUUCAACUAACCACCAAGGAUUGCCUUGUUUCAUUUAUUUUCAUAAUAUACAUCCCAUUGGUUUGGUGUAAUGAAAUGCCUGGCCCUGUUGGAGCCAAUGGGCUGUUGAUUAGCAUGUUGUUGGUCAUUGGACUGUGUUCAAUGGGGCAGAAAGCCAGACCUGCUGCAGCAGACGCAGUAACUCUCUCUGACCCUCUAACUGCUGCUCUGACCUUUCACUCUUAGGCAGAAUAUAUGCAAUCAGUCACCUCCGCAUCACAACACCAACUGGGUGACAUCACUCAAACAUAUGCAUGCAUCAGGGAGUAAGAAGAUCCUGCCUGGGUUAUGUUUAAUAUAGAUCACUGAGUAACUGACUAAUAUGUAGAGACAAGGGCUGGAAAUGCCAACACACAGAUACAGUGAUGGUGAGAAUACUACUGAAGUUAUUUUAGCCUGACAGUCAAAGGGUACAGUAGUAUAGCAAUGACAUGUUCAAAAGAUUUUCUGAUAUUCAGACGUUCUAGAAAAGCACGAAUCUCUAUUUCCUGUAUUUCAAUGUAGUCUAGAGACUUUUUCCAGUCUGUGACACGUUGUCAUAUCAAUACUGUGGAGUCCACCGCACCCAGCCUCUCUUUCCAGAUCUAUCUGGUGUCCACUUCUGUAACUGUAACCCAAUUAAAGCAGAGCAAUGGCUUUCGGUAUUGAAACUGAGAGGCAACAGCCACUAACAGGCUGUUCUGUGCCUUCCAAAUCUGCCGAAACAUUUAAAAUAGCUGUAAAGGUGAAAAUAUUUUGUUUCUCUUCUGUAAAUAUUGAUUCUGCACGCCAUCAGGUGUAUUGUUGUAGCAGCAACUAGUGAGGAUCCUAAUAAAAUACUACAUAUGCGAGUAGUAAGGCCAAAUACAUCAACAAUGAGAAGUGAACACUUUAUGUCAUGCACCUUUUGGAAAUCACCCAUCCUUAGCUGGGCUGGGGAUGGGGGAGGGGGACAUGCCCUGCCUUAACUGGGGCCAGGACCCACCUUAGCUGGCUGGGGCCGAGGGACUCGCCUUAGCUGGCUGGGGCCUGGGGACUCGCCUUGCCUUGCUGUCCACAUCCUCUUGUUUCUGCUGUCCUGUCUCAUUCUGAAUGAGACAUCUCGAGGGAGCCUCCUCGUGGCGCCCGCACAUAUAAAACCAGUGGUUUGCAACUCCCGGACACUGAGUCCAGCCUCGCCCCACGCACGCGUCACCGCUUAAUGCAUGCUUCAGCAGUUCAGCAUCCUCUGCCCCGACCAGCUCAGCGGAAUUAACGGCACAACAGCUACCGGACAAAAUAACUAUCCUCUUCUUUAUACAGGUGCAGGCUGCCAGUGCUGAAACUGCUCCAGGGUGUUGGUCAGCAGAGCUGCAGACUACUUGUCCGUCUGUCUGUCUGUCUGGGUGAGCAGGACAGAAGGAGCAAUGGCUAACAGGGGACCCAGUUACGGGCUGAGCAAGGAGGUGCAGGAGAAGAUAGAGCUGAAGUAUAAUCUAGACUUGGAGGCCCGGCUGGUGGACUGGAUCGUAGCUCAGUGUGGGGGGAACCUGGAGAGACCACAGCCAGGCAGACAGAACUUCCAGACAUGGCUGAUGGAUGGAACAAUUCUCUGUAGGCUCAUCAAUAGCCUGUACCCGCGUGGUAAGGAGCCCAUCAAGAAGAUUCUGGAGACCCAGAUGGCCUUUAAGCAGAUGGAGAAGAUCUCCCAGUUCCUGCAGGCAGCAGAGGUCUACGGAGUCAUCACCACAGACAUCUUCCAGACCGUGGACCUGUGGGAAGGGAAGGAUAUGGCCGCAGUGCAGAGAACCCUGAUGGCCCUAGGUAGUGUCGCCCUCACCAAGGACGAUGGACAUUACCGUGGCGACCGCGACUGGUUCCACAGGAAAGCCCAGGGUUACCGGCGGGAGUUCUCUGAGGACCAGCUUCGUCAAGGCCAGAGUCUGAUUGGUCUGCAGAUGGGAAGCAACCGCGGGGCCUCUCAGUCCGGCAUGACGGGCUACGGAUCGCACCGCCAGAUCAUGUAGAGACACCAGCCAGCCGCUCAGCCAGCUGCCAGCCGCUCCCUCUGCAUGGCUGUGUACUCCAGAAGAAAGCUCCAUCACGCCCCUGGAACCUCGUGAUAUGACCCAACCACUUUUCCCCCUUCCCCAGAAGCACUAGCAAAUCACACACACACACACACACACACACACACUUUUACUGUUCAUCCUCAACCCAAACAGAGUGCUCCUUAUACCCCAACCACAAUUCUAUAGACCUCAGUGCUUUCUGCUUCCCCCACCCCCGCUCUCCAUCCGUAUGGUCCCACUUUCUCCAUCCAUAUGGUCCCACUCUCUCCAUCCAUAUGGUCCCACUCUCUCCAUCCAUAUGGUCCCACUCUCCGUCCAUAUGGUCCCACUCUCUCCGUCCAUAUGGUCCCACUCUCUCCAUCCAUACGGUCCCACUCUCUCAUCCAUACGGUCCCACUCUCUCCAUCCAUAUGGUCCCACUCUCUCCAUCCAUAUGGUCCCACUCUCUCCAUCCAUAUGGUCCCACUCUCUCCGUCCAUAUGGUCCCACUCUCUCCAUCCAUAUGGUCCCACUCUCUCCAUCCAUAUGGUCCCACUCUCUCCGUCCAUAUGGUCCCACUCUCUCCAUCCAUAUGGUCCCACUCUCUCUAUCCAUAUGGUCCCACUCUCUCCAUCCAUAUAGUCCUGCUAGCCAUUCCCUUCAGUGGAUGAAGUCUUCGUAAUUCAGUCGGUACAGAGAACCCAAGAUUGAAGUCAACCCUCUACAAAACAAGCAAAUAGUAUUUUACACUUCUAACAAAUAUUAUAGCACGAAACGUUAUAGCAUGUUACAUAUUUUAAUUAACUGUUUGUUUGUAUGUACAGUAGGUGUGUCUGAGUCAUUGUAUAGUCAUUUGGGAGGGUUUGCUAUACCUCAUGAAAAGUUUAAUGUGUAACCGAAUGGAACUCAGUGAACGAUGAUGCCUCGGAUGUCUUGUGUCAAUAUGUGAAGACUUUGCGGUAACUUCUGUAACCAAAUGACCAUCACAUUGUGCCUGGUUAAUAUAGCAAAGGGACCAUAAACUAUGCCUUGUAUAAGAGAUGCCACCCACCCUAAUGCAGAGGAAUUCAUAGACCUAAAUUCAGUUCUGUUUUUGUACUAACAUUCUGUGCUGUGCAUUUAUUACUUAUGUAUAAUUGAUGUAAUGUACUUGUAUGUGCCCACUGUCCAUGUGUGUUUCAGCCAAUCCCAUGAUUGUUAAAGACCCACAGUAUGAAAGUGAGAGUAGGAUCAUUUUGUUCCAGGCCUGAUAUUGCUUGAAUGUAUUUUUUUCCCCUUACAAUGUAAUUUGUCAUGUUUACAUAAACAAAUAUGUUUAUAUCUGAAUCAUUGUGUGUAGAAAACAUAAUAAAUUAGGUGAAAACUGA